ACAGCCCGACAGAAAAAGUUGUGACAGAUUUAGAAAGCAGCAGAACAAAAAAGAGGAGGAAGAAAAAAGAAAAAAAAAAGUCCAGAGCGAGACAGAAGCUUUGCCCUGGAGGUUUGAGAGGAGGAAACAGGAGACAGAUAAAGAGGCAGCGAUAAUCUGAGAGAGACAGACAGAGAGAGACAGAGAGAGAGAGAGGGAGGGAAGAGCACAGCUGUUGUGUGAAGAGAAAAUAAAGAUAAAGAAAGUGUGAAGGGCAAAGGGGAGGACGCUGACGAGGGGAAUCAAGGCUGGACAGAAGAGAGGGGCUUACAUAAAAGACAGAGGUUGCAGAAUAAUUCAAGCUGAAGGUCAAGAACGAGGAGGAGAAGAAGAGAGGAUAUAAAAAGGCAAAGAGAGAGACGAGAGCAGGCACCUGACAUCUACUGCGAGCAUGGAGACGCAGCGGGACGAGAGGGAGGACUCCCUCUGAAGUGGAAAGAAAGAAAAAGAGGAGCUGUGUUUGACGAGAGAGGAAGACGAGACGAUUUCCUCAUCAUGUUUUAUUCAGCGCGUUUCCCAAAUUCAAACAACCUGCGCCGGAAGAGCAACUUCGUCCCCGGGUAGAAUGACGAGAGGAGCAAAGAGAUACCUGCCGACUCCUCACCUUCCUCUCCUCCUUCCUCUCUUUCACUUUAAAAGAAGAUUUUAAAAGCCUCCUUCCCUUGAUAGCUCCUCUCCUCCUUUCUCCUCUACCUCAUCUCCUCACUAUGUGGAUACCAGCUGUGCUCCUAUGGAUUCUUAACAUUAGCUAUUUGAGCUCAGGACAAGACUAUAUGGACUAUUAUCAAGCUGGAGACAUGGGCACUGAGGCUCCGGUGUUGUCAGACGACCAGCCCAGUUUGGAUUCAGUGACGAGCGUGGAUCAGCUUUUACAAGUUCUGUAUCCUGAAUACAAUUUGCUUCAGCACUGCCUGAGGAAGAAGUCAGGGCGCGACUCGUUCCCCUCGUUCCUCUCCUCCUCUGCGAGCCCGAUGGUCCACAGUGGAGACGAGGAUCUGUGGGGUCAGUCGAGGAAGGAGGCGGCUUAUAAAGUGGACGGGACGUUAAAAGUCAUCCUAGAGGAGAUCCAGCGGACUUCGUGCCAGCCCAGAGAGGUGUGUGUCGAGGUGGCCAAAGAAUACCCAGAAUCCACCAGUCAGUUCUACCUCCCACGAUGCGUGGCGCUGCAUCGGUGCGGCGGGUGCUGCACAAACGAGGCCUUCUACUGCACGAAUACGAGUCACACGCUUGUGAACAAGACGCUGAUGGAGCUGUCCCCGCCCAAGAUGGAUCGCUCGGUCGUCAUGGUGACCUUCGUCAACCACACUUCGUGCGAAUGCCUCACCAAGCGGCCGCUCCACUCCAUCAUCAGACGAGCCGUGGCAGAUCACCUGUGUUCCCCGCCCGACGUUGAUUGCGCCCCAGGGUCGUUAUGGGAUCCAGUAAACUGUGUGUGUGUCUCUACGGACGCAAUAAACUACUCUGCGAGAGAGACGGAGGCGCUGGACACAGGUCUGUUGGCUCUAUGCGGACCAAACAGAGUUCUAGACGAGUCCACGUGUGAUUGCGUCUGUCGAAAUGGACUCACCGAAGCCAGCUGUGAUCCAGGCUGGAAACUGGACCACAACACCUGUGAGUGUCAGUGCGUUGGCCAAGGCGAGGGGAAGCUCUGCCCGACGGGUCAGCGGUGGGACGAGGAGCUGUGUGGUUGUGUGUGCGCCGCAGAGUGUCCGGGGAAUCAGCCCCUCAACCCCGACACCUGCCUGUGUCAGUGCAGAGAGAGCCCGCACUCGUGUCUACGGCAGGGCAAGAGGUUCAAGCCCAGCACCUGCAGUUGUUACAGGUUGCCCUGCAGAAAGCCCAGACCUGUGUGCCAGAGUGGUUUCUACUACAGCCACCAAGUCUGCCAGUGCAUCCCCAACCACAUGAGGCCUGAGUGGAAUUAGCAAACCAAUAGCAGAGAGCAAGACUGCAAGCAACAUGUUCUCGACAAACUUUGGGCCUGAAAACACAGGGGCGAGAAAGAAGAGGAAGUGCCUUUUGACAGAGUCAGGAUGGAGGGACUACUUAUUUAUACAUGCGGGAUUGGAGAUGGACGGAGGAGUGUUUUUUAUGCUGUCUUGUACACGGGAGGAUGGUGCUUCUCUUGUACUCAACAGGCCAGCAGUAUGCAGAGCAAUCUCGGACUCAAGCAUCAGAGUUAAAUCCAGACCCUGAAAGAAAAGAAGCAACCAGUCAGAGCCUGAGACUGUCUUAAAGUAUGGCAGCAAUGGCUGGAUGGACCGGCAAGACUCUGAAUCGCUGCAACAUGUUUGAGCUCGAUAUUUAACCACCGACCUGCCACAUAGACACCACGUACGACUGUGUGAACUGGAAAGUGGAAUAAAAUAACAGAGCACGCUUCUUCUUUUUUUUUCUUCCUAGAGCUGCAGGCAACUUUGACUUCACUUUGGCAGCCUUGAGUAACAACAUAUUUGCGGGGUUGAAGGAUUUAUUCUGCAGUAAUCAUAUAAUGUGACACCGCCAGAGGCUGUGCUUUGUGUUCCCUGCUUGAGCAGAGGUGGAAAGGGUGACAGUGUGCUUUGGUUAUUGUUGCAGCUCAGUAAGAGAGCGGAGGUUUUCUGCCAGACUGGGGUUCAAUAAAACGUUAAUUUACACACUCCCAAACAGCUAUUAUAUCCUCCAGUUUCUACUUGCCUCUACUGCGGCGCUGCUCUCUGAAUGUUCUCAAUCCACUCCUGAUUUACUGUAACUCUUGGAUGCAGUCCUACUUCUUCUGGUAAUUUAAUGUUACACUCUUUAAGUACUGUUUUUUUUGUAAAUAUUAAAAUCUUUUCAUAUUUAAAACUGAUGUUCUGAAGGUGGAAUCAUGCCGUUGUAAAAUACUAUAUUUAAGACACUAAAUAUUGCUCUGAAAUGAAAUUAUUUACGUCUGUUUCUUCCUGCAGUUUUGAUCAUUAUGGAGAAUUUGAAUCUUGUUUGUAAUUGUCCGUUGUGCAGAUUUACAUGGCUCAUUUCAGCGACUGUAUAGCUUUAAGAAUGAUGACUUUAGGGCCUGCAGAGGAUGUAGAGUUUCAGGAUGAGGCUGUCUGCAGUGAAGAAAUGAUUGUAUUGUUUGUGCUUUAUAACGUCAAGAAAACCAAACUCUUUAAUCAAGCUUUGAUUAAAUAUUUAAAGCAGAUUUGAA